UCGCCGCCCAAGUCGCGCAGCCGCGAACGAGAUCCCGCACUCUCCCAGCGGGGCUUCUCUCGCCGCACCGCCAGCCUGUCUCACCAAAGAUGGCGAUUUGCUGAGUGCUCAUGGAGACGCACAUUUGGCGGCUAGCUUUUAUCCCGCCCGUAACGUCCACUUUUUAAAACAAAUUAACUGACGCUCAAACCUCGGGAAUAACACGCGGUUUCCAACCAUGAAGAUCAUACUCAAAACACUGCAACAGCAGACCAUUCAAAUUGAGAUAGACGCCGAACAAACGGUAAAAGCCUUAAAAGAGAAGAUAGAAGCAGAGAGGGGAAAAGACAACUUUCCCGUGUCUGGACAGAAGCUGAUAUAUGCUGGGAAGAUUCUUCAAGAUGACACGCAAAUUAAGGACUAUAAAAUUGAUGAGAAGAAUUUUGUCGUGGUGAUGGUGUCCAAGGUUAAGCCUGCAGCUGCGGCCGCGGAGCCUCUUGCUUCGGAAGCCCCCAAACUCCCUGCCCAGGAUGCUGGUUCAACGUCAACAUCUGUCCCGGCCUCAACCCCACCAUCAGCUCCAGCCUCGACUCCUGCAGCCAUCCUCACACCCCCCGAGGAGACCAAGGAGGAGCCAAGUCCUACAGCAACAGAAACCCAACAACCAGCCAGUUCCAGUGGAGGUGGCCAGGGUUUGGACGCAUCCUCUGCAUUAGUGACUGGAGCAGAGUAUGAAGCAAUGUUAACCGAGAUCAUGUCUAUGGGUUAUGAGAGGGAGAGAGUGGUAGCAGCACUACGGGCCAGCUUCAACAACCCUCAUAGAGCUGUGGAGUACCUUCUUACUGGUCUCCCUAGCAGUCCGAUCCAAGAGACGAACCCUCCUGCGUCCACUCCAGCGUCUGGACCCACUGAAGCUCCGUCUCUAGCAGAAGGAGAGAACCCACUUGCAUUCCUGCGGACCCAGCCCCAGUUUCUUCACAUGAGACAGGCCAUCCAGCAGAACCCAACUCUGCUUCCAGCUCUCCUGCAGCAGCUCGGCAGGGAGAACCCUCAACUCUUGCAGCAAAUCAGUCAGCACCAGGAGCUGUUUAUCCAGAUGUUGAACGAGCCAGUGGGCGAAGGCGGCGAGGCCCCAGAGGUGGGAGACAUUGGGGCUGCGGGCGAGGAGGGCGCGCCUGUCAACUAUAUCCAAGUCACACCUCAAGAGAAAGAAGCCAUCGAGAGGCUAAAAGCGCUGGGCUUCCCCGAGGCCUUGGUCAUCCAGGCCUACUUUGCCUGCGAAAAGAACGAGAACCUGGCCGCCAAUUUCCUCCUCAACCAGGGCCUGGAAGACGACUGAAGAAGCCGAAGACCACCGCCUUCCCGCUCCCGCCCUCCCCCCUUCAAAGACUGGACCCCCAAUUCACUGUACAGCCACCAACCUCAGCUCCACCCAACAAAAAGGGGGAGAGCUGGAAGGGGGGAGGGGCGGGAUAGGAUGGGGUCAGCUUAUGACGAUUUAAAGAAAGAAAAAAUAACAAGGCAAAUUUGUGCAGGAAGGUCAUGAUAAGUUAGCUCAUGGAAGGUAAAAAGUGGAAAAAUGGUUGAAUCCACGUGAAUUCCAAUGGAAUGUGUGGUCUUUGUUUGAUUUUAGAUGCGCUUGGUGAACACUAAAGGGGGGGCUGAAGUUGCUGCGCUUGUUGUGUGCGUUCAGAUGUGAUACAGUUCCAAAACAAAACUACGUAAUCAGUUUGCAUGGUCUAAGUUUGUUAAUGCUGUAGCAACAUGUUGGGAGGUGGGCGGGAUGAACAGGCAACAUUUGGUCUUCCCUUCUUCCUCACCUUUUCUCUGUCUGCAAAGGCAGCAGCCAAUCAAUCUUUUUUCUUUUCCUGUACCUUCAAAUCCCUCAAAAUGAACUUGUUAGCUCCGCUCGUAGCUUUUAAUGUCAAUACAUUGCCCAGAAAACCUCUUGUGCAGAUUACAAACUUUACUUUUGUUCAAAAAUCAAGUUGCUGCUUAUAAGUAAAACAAACAAAAGAGAACAGAUCUUCUGGUCCAAAAGCUCAAGUAGCUUCAUUUUGUCAAUUUUAGGUAUUUUAUAACAGACACUGCAGGUUUGUUGAAAACCUUUUUCACAUCUACAUUUUAGUUGUGGACUCUCCACUAUAUUCUUAUUUUGGCACGUGCUGCUUGUGCAAGACAACAACAAACAAUGAUUCCAGUUGCCUCCAUUCAACCUUUAUGGACAUAAAACAUGCUUCAGUGAAUAUUAAAAUAUAGUAAAUUCACUACACACAGAAAGGAACUCCUAAGAAUUUAUUUGAUUUAAAAUUUUGAGGAUUAAGUCUUAAUGACAAAAAACAAUUAGCGGAAAAGGUUCAAUAUUGCAAGCAACUGGUGUCAAACUAAUUGCACCACAAUGCUAGUUGCCCCCAGGCCACUUCAUUUUACAUGGCCCGGGAAAGUCUGGAAAUAAUGUUUGUCAAUAUGGCAUUUGUUCUUUAUUGAUAAAUGUAUUUCCAUUUGGGCAGAAAGAAAUGUAAUGUGUCCAAACACAGAUUGGAAUUCAAUAUUAUUUGUUACACAAACAAUUUUAAGAUUAUUUUUGUCAUUGAAAUAAUUUUCAAAUAAAAAUUUUACAAACGCAUUCGAAAUAUCUGAU